GAGCGCGGGAGCAGGUCGGGGCCGGGCAUGCCGGGAGCCCCUCAGACAGCCGCCGCCAACGCCGCCGCCGCCACCGCGUCCGCCUCCGGUACGCGCCGCUGACACGCGGAGAUGAAAUUCCCGGCCUCAGUGCUGGCGUCCGUUUUCCUGUUUGUGGCCGAGACGACCGCUGCGCUCUACCUGAGCAGCACCUACCGCUCGGGCGGGGACCGCAUGUGGCAGGCUCUGACGCUGCUUUUCUCGCUGCUCCCCUGCGCGCUCGUGCAGCUCACGCUCCUCUUCGUGCACCGCGACCUCAGCCGCGACCGCCCGCUUGUGCUGCUGCUGCACCUGCUGCAACUUGGGCCUCUCUUCAGGUGUUUUGAAGUCUUCUGCAUCUACUUUCAGUCAGGCCACAAUGAAGAGCCUUAUGUCAGCAUCACUAAGAAGCGGCAGAUGCCAAAAAAUGGCUUCUCUGAGGAGAUCGAGAAGGAGGUGGGCCAGGCAGAAGGCAAGCUAUUCACCCACCGAUCUGCGUUCAGCCGGGCUUCAGUGAUCCAGGCUUUCCUGGGUUCAGCUCCCCAGCUGACCCUGCAGCUGUAUAUAAGCAUCAUACAGCAGGAGGUCACUGUUGGAAGAAGCCUCUUCAUGACAAUAUCCCUGUUGUCCAUUGUGUACGGAGCCUUGCGCUGCAAUAUCCUAGCCAUCAAAAUCAAAUAUGAUGAGUACGAGGUCAAUGUGAAGCCUCUGGCCUAUGUCUGUAUCUUCCUCUGGAGGAGCUUCGAGAUUGCUACUCGAGUUACAGUCCUAGUCCUCUUUACUUCUGUCAUGAAGAUCUGGGUGGUGGUCAUUGUACUCAUCAACUUCUUCAGCUUCUUCUUGUACCCCUGGAUCCUCUUCUGGCUCAGUGGCUCUCCAUUCCCUGAGAACAUAGAGAAGGCCCUCAGUAGAGUGGGCACCACCAUAGUGCUAUGCUUUCUCACUUUACUUUAUACAGGUAUCAACAUGUUCUGCUGGUCAGCUGUACAGCUGAAAAUCGACAGCCCCGACCUUAUCAGCAAGUCCCAGAAUUGGUACCAGCCACUGCUGUACUACCCGCUCAGAUUCAUUGAAAAUGCCAUCCUCCUCCUCCUGUGGUAUCUGUUCAAGACUGACAUCUAUAUGUAUGUGUGUGCACCCCUGUUGAUUCUGCAGCUGCUCGUUGGGUACUGCACAGCCAUUCUAUUCAUGCUUGUGUUCUAUCAGUUCUUUCACCCUUGCAAAAAGCUCUUUUCCACUAGCGUUUCUGAAGGCUUUCAGAAGUGGCUCAGUUGUUUUUGCUGGGCCUGUAGGCGGCAGAAAUCCUGUGAGUCAGUAGGAAACAGAGACCUAAAGUCAUCCAGAGAGAAAGAGGAGACACCUUCUAGCAGUAGAAUAAGUACUGAGCCCAGUCAGUUAUUGAAUGCUGAUGAGCUCUGCUCUGCUUAACGGGACCCAAGGUCUCUCAGGGUACAGGCAUAUUUUUUUCUGGGUUUGAUACCUGUUUUUAAUACAAGUAAUGAGCCCUGCACAGGGAAAAAGGCAGGAAGUUAGCUGUCAACUCCUUGUGAGCUGCUCUUCUUUAUAGAGCUCUUGGGUAUGUAGAACUAUGGGGGGAAGCCAGGGAAACCUCUGAGUGUUGAAGAAAGGUACCACAGUUCCCAGGUGACCAAAUCAUGUUCUAGGCAUUACUGGCCUUUUCACUGACAAGGUGCCCCUGAAACCUGAGUUGGGCUGGUUAGAUCCAUCAGGUAGAAUGAGGAGAGGAGCUUACUUGUUUUCUAGUUUUCUGGACUGUUGGUCUGGGUCGCCUGAUGAUUUGUUGUUCCUGAAUAUAGUUUUUACCCUAGAGCUGUCCUGAUGACCAGAGAAGGUUACUGGGGUUUUGCCAUCAGCAACAUCAUUCCUGUCAGAGCUUACAGGGAGAGCUGUUGAAGUUUGGUUUUUGAAUAGACAGAUAUUCCAUUUUCAUCUCAUUAGGGCUCUUUGUACAUAGCCAACUGUAGCCUCCCUGGCAUGCUUUUCUAAUUGAUUCAAGAGCCUAGAUUUAGACAUUAUUCCUUAGGAUCCAUCGGUGCAAAAAUGAAUUCUAAAUUCGACUGUGGAAGUUUCUUAAUUUAGGAAAGUUCUGAUCCUUUGGUAUGUUGAAGAAAUUCUGGAUCAGGAGGGAUGUUAAAACAUGGUAGAAUUCUUACCAUCCCAGAAUGGUUGAAUAUGUGAAUCUGCUAGAUGAUAUGCUUAAACUUCCUCAAGAUUCAGUUUUGUCCUGUGACUCUAGAAAAUUUCUGGUAGAAUUUUCUGGGAUUCACCUUUUUAGGAAAGAAGAAAGUAAAACUUACAGUCUCCACUUCCACCUUCGCCUUCCUUGCCUGCCAGGAAAGUUUUAGAUAAGAAUUACCUUGAUUAAUAAGUUUUUCUGAAAACCCCUGCAGAAAUUUCUCACCAAGUUCAGGUGUUAUAGGGUAUUUUAAUUUUCAUUAUUUGAAGGAAGAGGGUUUUCCUCACCACCACCCCUAGUUAGAGAUUGACUUCUGAAAUGUUUCUUAAAUUACAGAAAGAGAUUAAAUGACUAGAUUUUUAUCUUUCAUUGAAUGCAUUUUGAUUUGCCAUCAUUGUGACUUAGUUUGAAAAAAGAUUUCAAAUUUUAUCCUCCUAUGUCCUUUUAUCAUCUGUAUAAUUUUUUCUUUAAUUUGGAACCCUAAUUGCUUUAUAAAAGAGAACUGGAUAGUAUACCCUCAAUCGUCCUGGAAAAUUGCCUAGAUCCAGUGCCACUAUUUCUACCAUUAAAAUAUUCAUAAUGAAAUACUUGGAAACAGGUGACCAUAAAGAUCAGACCAAUUUAGAAUGAAGAUUGGAGUAAAAUCUGAGAAAUUUACAAAGGGGACUCUAUUUAUGUACUCUAUUUUACCAGAUGGAGUAGGGAUCCACUUCUUUGACUUUAUUAGCCUAAAAAAUGUGUUUAUCUGGCCAUCACAUUUUUGGUAAUUUUCCUUUCUAAUUCUUGGUAUCAAAUUUAUAAGUAAUUCCAUACACACAAAUAAAAAAGCAAUUUGGUAAUCAAUUUCCACUACAUUCAGGGGUCAAAGAAACUAUAUAUUCUUUUACAAUAUUCCAUAUUGUUUAAUAUUUUUAUACAGUUCCAUAGAAAUAUAUCAAUAAGCUCCCAAACUGUAGAGCUUCAAAUUUAGUUUUAUGAGAUUUUUUUCUCAUUUGAAAUUUUCUUGGUUUAUCAAUAUUUGUGGUUAAUUUUGUGGAGAUGUGCAGAAACAGAUAAUUUUUUGGUCUACUUUUAACCAAAUAAAAAUAAAACUCAAGAUUGUCUAUGUUCUGCCGGUUAGCACCACCUAAUACUUGCCCUAUUUUUAAUAGGCCUAAAAUAAAUAGUGAGCAUACAUAACCAAAAUGAUACUUCUUACAACACAUAUACUUCCAUGCACUCAUGUAAUCACAUAUGUGCAUAGGUACACAAUUGUAAUACACAAAAGCACCCUUCAACAUAACGACUGCGAGUAAAAUAAAGCUAAGAUGCUAAAGCAUCUUUUUUUUUGGUCAUUUCCUAGUUAGCAGAAGGGUUCUAUGAUGAGGAGGAGAGCAGUAAAGCCAUUCCUAAAUCAUUCCAAGUGUUUCUUUUUAUCAAACCAGUUAGUUGUGUUCCUUGACACCAGAUAUUUUCAAUCUCUUUUGUGAGAAAGACAUUCUUGACUUGAUGGUUUGCAAUAGCUGAUGGUAGGGUUAAUGAUGCCUAUUUUCCACCUGAAAUGCCUUCAGGACAUGCCUUGGGAGUGAAGAGUGUGAGCAGCCACCAGCCUGUCACUAACUAGGUGUGUUCAAAAUUGGACAGGGAUGAAGAGAUUGGUAUUUCCCAGCUUUAGCUUGGAAGCCUGUCUUAAAAACCAUUACAAUGUCUUAAUCUUCAAAUAACAUUUUAAAUCACUUUAGUUUAGAAGAUAGGUAAGCACUUUGAGUGACCCCAAAGCAAACUAAUAGUGAUGGUCUGUCAGAUUCCCAAAGCCUAAUUCACACAUUUAUAAGGACAGAAGUUUUAUAACUAAAUUGGACAUUUUGUCGUCUUUAACCCUUGAUAUACAGGUACCCCAGCUUUGGGGACACAUAUAUAUGUCCAUUCACUUUGAGGGAGAGAAAUCACUGCUUUUUUUCUGUAUGGUGAAAAUGUAAGUUUUAGUGAACUGAAAAUUUUUAUAUUUAAAUUUUUUACAUCUUUGAAUGGCAAAAUUCCAGUUUACACUACAGAGCUAGGUUUUCCUAAAGGCGUAAAACAAGUCAGAAAAUUUCUUCAUAUUUUGAGAGUUAAAAUGUGUUUUUCAGUUAUAAUUUUAAUUUUUAAAACUCUCAGUUCUUUGUCUAAUUAAUCACAUGCCAUAACUUGUCAUGAGAACUGCUCCAACCAAAUUGCUGUCAUUUGGCUGGAUGAGGGUAAAAUAUUUUUUCAAAAUAUAUUGAAGUAAGUUUAUAAAACAUGUUUAGACUUCCUCUCAUUGUUAGUAGAGACAACCCAGUAUAGAGAUUGGCAUCUCUCUGUCCAGUCCUACAAGUUACUUAAUUGCUGUAUGCCUCAGUUUCCUGACCUACCAAAUUUGGAUGAUAUACUUGUCCAACCUACCUCACAAGGUUGUCAGAAAGAUCAAAUUUAAAACUAGGCAUGAAAAUGCUUUGAAAAUAUUUUUAAAGUGCCAUGCAUAUUUAAAAAGUUGUUCUUAUAGUUAUUCAAAUCCAUAAGCAGGUUAUUAUUAUUUUUUUAAUGUUUGAAAAGAAAUAAGUAGUGUCAUCCACAUGAAUGUCCUGAGUGCGUAUGUGAGCCUUUGGCCUUCGAGGCAGUUGCCCUUUCUCUUACCACCAGUUGCUUACAAAAGUUAGCACACAAACACAUGGUACUUGGAGGGAAAAGACCCGCUGAAUCUGAGAAAGUGUUUCUGAUGGUAAAUGAGUUUAUUGUUUUGGUAUAGUUUUCCAUGUAGGAUAUAGCAACAUCUUUUGAUAAUUGUGCUUUACAACUUGAAUGCCUGAUUCACGUCAUUAAUUGAUUGUGAGUUUAAUCUUUUUGUCCUUGUAAAUGGAAAAAUAAACAUUAAAAUUGAUUGUCAAACAGCAUUUUCUUGGAAACCACCUUACAACAUUAGUGCUAUGGUUAUGAGUGUAUGUGCCAGUACUUUUCAACCAAUGUAUUGUGGAUGUGAGCUUUUGUCGACUGCAUCUCUGCAGUCAUUGAUGCUAAUAAAUAUUGUUAUGUUUCUUCAUAUAAUAAAUUAAUUUUUCAAUGUC